UUUUUUUCCAGGUGGUACUUCUCAAGUAAGUCCGCGGUUCAGUUCGCAUUUUUUCGGCGGCAACAGCAGUAACAAUUAAAACCAACGAGCAACGAUUGGAGGCAGCAUUUAAUGGUUGGCAGGAUGGCAGGAUACCGUAGGAGUCCUCAACUACAGCUAUAUAUAUUCCUGGGCCUGCUGGCCUCGGUGUUUGCUUCAUUACCAGGAGAACUUCAAGGAGCAGCAGCAGGAGGUGAAUCAAGGAUGGAUGUUCUAGGACUAACGCCGGGCCAGAGAGUCCUGGCUGCAGUGCCUGCAACGGGACGCGUCAGUUUUUUGCUUUACCAAUUAGCCUCGGCCAUAAAUUCAGCCGCCGACGGCCUGAUGCCUCAGACGGUACAGGAAGAAGUGGAGAUGGAAGUUCUGGAAGAUCGGGAGCAGUUCCUGUCCGCCAGUCCGGAUCCCAACUGGCUGGCCGCCAUGGCCAAUGAGUUUCAGAAUGUUCCCAUAUAUGAGACUUUUCCGGCAGACUUGCAGCACUGGCUGAUGGAUAGCUAUGGCAUCAGUGCCACGGAUGUCUUCCACAGCUGGACAGGAUUGGGAUUCAGUGGAAGGAGCAGCAGUAGCAGCAGUAGCAGGAAGAGUGCAGGUCCCCGGAAGAGUCAACUGAUCUGCACUGCCGAUGGACAGUGCUAUGAGGUCAACAAAAUUGUCACCGCCUGCUGUCCAUUCUGAGCACACUCAAUAAAUGCAUUGAAACAUUGAAAACAA